AUGAACAUUACUAACUGUACCCCAGAAGCCAGUGUGGCUGUGAGACCCAAGACCAUCACUGAGAAGAUGCUCAUUUCCAUGACUCUGGUGCUCAUCACCACCCUGACCAUGCUGCUAAACUCGGCCGUGAUCAUGGCCAUCUGCACCACCAAGAAGCUCCACCAGCCUGCCAACUACCUGAUCUGUUCUCUGGCUGUGACGGACCUCCUGGUGGCCGUGCUCGUCAUGCCCUUGAGCAUCAUGUACAUCGUCAUGGACAGCUGGAAGCUGGGGUACUUCAUCUGCGAGGUGUGGCUGAGUGUGGACAUGACCUGCUGCACCUGCUCCAUCCUUCAUCUCUGUGUGAUUGCCCUGGACAGGUACUGGGCCAUCACCAACGCUAUUGAGUAUGCCAGGAAGAGGACCGCCAAGAGGGCCGGGCUGAUGAUCCUCACGGUCUGGACCAUCUCCGUCUUCAUCUCCAUGCCCCCUCUGUUCUGGAGGAGCCACCGCCAACUCAGCCUGCCCCCUGGUCAGUGCACCAUCCAGCACGACCACAUCAUCUACACCAUUUACUCCACACUUGGGGCAUUUUACAUCCCCUUGACUUUGAUACUGAUUCUCUAUUACCGGAUUUACCGUGCAGCCAAGAGCCUUUACCAGAAAAGAGGAUCAAGCCGGCACUUAAGCAACAGAAGCACGGAUAGCCAAAAUUCGUUCGCCAGUUGUAAACUGACACAGACUUUCUGUGUGUCUGACUUCUCCACCUCGGACCCUCCCACAGAGUUUGAAAAGAUCCACACGUCCAUCAGGAUCCCUCCCUUUGCCCGUGACCUAGAUAACCCGGGAGAACGCCAGCAAAUCUCCAGUACCAGGGAGCGCAAGGCAGCACGCAUCCUCGGACUGAUUUUGGGUGCAUUCAUCUUGUCCUGGCUGCCAUUCUUCAUCAAAGAGCUGAUUGUAGGUCUGAGCAUCUACACCGUGUCCUCUGAAGUGGCCGAUUUUUUGACAUGGCUUGGUUAUGUUAAUUCUCUGAUCAACCCUCUGCUCUACACAAGUUUUAAUGAAGACUUUAAGCUGGCUUUUAAAAAGCUUAUUCAGUGCCGAGAACAUACUUAGAUUGUAAAAAGCCAGAAGGCAUGACUUUUACCAGCCUCGUGAGUGCACGGG